CGUGAUUGGUAUGGUGGAACGGAAGUUUACUGUUGGGUCCUCGCGUUUGCUGGAGUAUGAAACACAGCAGUUUGCGCUAACAAUAUGCUUCAAGUAUUCACGGCUAUGACUGUCUGAUUAUAUAUUUUUAUAUAUAUAAAAAAUGGCUGCAAAAAGAAAAGCAGACAGUUUGGUUCCCGCGGAGGAAAGCGACCAGCUCCUGAUCAGACCUCUUGGUGCUGGACAGGAGGUGGGAAGGUCAUGUAUCAUCCUGGAGUUCAAGGGAAGAAAAAUCAUGCUGGACUGUGGUAUCCACCCUGGUCUGGAGGGGAUGGAUGCUCUCCCUUACAUUGAUUUGAUUGACCCAGCAGAGAUUGACCUUCUCCUUAUAAGCCAUUUCCAUUUGGAUCACUGUGGGGCCUUGCCUUGGUUUCUACAGAAGACAAGUUUCAAAGGGAGGACGUUCAUGACUCACGCAACUAAAGCUAUUUAUCGAUGGCUCCUGUCAGAUUAUGUAAAAGUCAGUAACAUUUCAGCAGAUGACAUGCUGUACACAGAGACCGACCUGGAAGAAAGCAUGGACAAGAUUGAAACCAUCAACUUCCACGAAGUGAAGGAGGUAGCGGGGAUCACAUUUUGGUGCUACCAUGCCGGCCACGUUCUGGGGGCAGCCAUGUUCAUGAUUGAAAUAGCCGGUGUGAAGUUGUUGUACACGGGAGACUUCUCUCGGCAAGAAGACAGGCAUUUGAUGGCAGCCGAGAUUCCCAGUGUCAAACCUGAUAUUCUCAUUAUUGAAUCCACCUACGGCACCCACAUCCACGAGAAGAGGGAAGAACGAGAGGCCCGUUUCUGCAACACUGUGCACGACAUUGUGAACAGGGAGGGGAGGUGCCUCAUUCCUGUCUUUGCCUUGGGUAGAGCCCAGGAGCUGCUGCUUAUUCUGGAUGAAUACUGGCAGAAUCACCCGGAGCUGCAUGACAUUCCCAUCUACUAUGCCUCGUCCCUGGCUAAGAAGUGCAUGGCAGUGUACCAGACUUACGUCCAUGCCAUGAAUGACAAGAUCCGCAAGGCAAUCAAUAUCAACAACCCCUUUGUUUUCAAGCACAUCAGCAACCUGAAAAGCAUGGAUCAUUUUGAUGACAUCGGCCCCAGCGUGGUCAUGGCCUCUCCAGGUAUGAUGCAGAGUGGCCUGUCCAGGGAGCUGUUUGAGAGCUGGUGCACUGACAAGAGGAAUGGCGUCAUCAUUGCAGGUUACUGCGUGGAAGGAACCCUUGCCAAGCACAUCAUGUCUGAACCAGAGGAGAUUGCCACUAUGUCUGGACAGAAGCUGCAGCUGAAAAUGUCUGUAGAUUACAUCUCCUUCUCUGCUCACACAGACUACCAGCAGACCAGCGAGUUCAUCCGUGCACUGAAACCACCACACGUGAUCCUGGUGCAUGGUGAACAGAAUGAAAUGGCCAGGCUGAAGGCUGCACUGGUCCGUGAAUAUGAAGACAAUGAUGAAGCUCAUAUCGAAGUACACAACCCACGCAACACUGAGGCUGUGACGCUUAACUUCAGAGGAGAGAAACUCGCCAAGGUUAUGGGAUCCCUGGCGGACAAAAAGAGUGAACAAGGUCAGAGAGUUUCAGGGAUACUUGUGAAGCGGAACUUCAACUACCACAUACUCACUCCAUCAGAUCUGUCCAAUUAUACAGAACUAUCAAUGAGCACAGUAAAACAGACCCAGGCGAUUCCUUUUACAGGCCCUUUCACGUUGUUGGAGAGUCAGCUACGCAAUAUAGCAGGGAAUAUUGAAGAAAUUGAGACUCACGACAGGCCUGCACUAAAGAUUUUCAAAAGCAUCACACUGGUGCAGGAACCUGGAAUGGUGGUAUUGGAGUGGAUUUCCAAUCCAUUGAAUGACAUGUACGCUGACGCAGUGACCACCGUCGUCCUGGAGGUGCAGUCCAAUCCCAAGGCUCAGAAAGCCAUGGCAAAUGCCAAACAGGACAGAAUUGAUAUGGAAACCUACCAGAAGAGACUGGAAGUUAUGUUACAGGACAUGUUUGGAGAAGAGGCUGUAAACUUCAAAGAUGGCAAAGAUCUGUCAGUCACUGUGGAUGGGAAGACUGCAUCUAUCAGUCUGGAGACACGAAUGGUGGAUUACGAGGAGGGUAGUGCCGACGAUGAGUCCCUGAAGGAAAUGGUGGAGCUGGCUGUGCAGAGACUUUACGAUGCCCUUAACCCUGCCCUCUGAAGAGAAGCCUGAUUAAACUACAGAAGGCACACUGCAGGAGACUGUGCCCCAAUCCUGCUGGGACAAUAAACUGGCUUGCUAAGAAUAGCCACAUCAUAGGAGCUGUUCUUGUAUUGUGUUAAUCAGUAGAUGACUGCAGGCUAAGUUUCAGAGCUUUUUCUUUUUUGUUCCCAUUUUUCUGGAAGUAAUAUUUCAAAACUAUUAAGAAACAACUUGAGUCCUUAAAUUAACCUGAGGUGAUUUAUAGGUUUUUAUUUGUGUUUGUUUUUUUUUUAAUAAAUAUUGACAGACCUUUAUUUUGCGCUAAGAAA